UGGCUCUUUGCCACUGGGUUUGGUCCAUCGUGAGGGCCACUGGAUCUGGUCUAAAGAGAGGAGCUCGCUUCUUCUCAAGUGGAUCUUUCUCUAUCAUAUGCUUAACUGAAAGCAGGUAUCUUGGUGGAGCCUUUGAUGUUGAGUCUCUCGUUGAGUGUCUACUUGGGCAACUUGCUGCAAAUCAUCCGAUUAUUGUAAAUGUCUAUGAUGUUACAAACUCUUCUGAUCCUUUAAUCAUGUACGGACACCAGAACCCAAAUGGUGAUCCCACACUAAAGCAUGUUAGCAAGCUUGAUUUCGGUGAUCCAUUUCGUAAGCAUGAGAUGAUUUGUAGGUAUCUUCAUGAGGCUCCUAUAUCUCGGGGAGCAGUGACCACUGCAGUAUUUAUUUUUAUCAUCUUCCUCUUAAUUGGCUACACGGGUUACAAAUCCGCAAGCCACAUUAAUAAAGUAGAGGAUGAUUUUCAUAAAAUGCAGGAACUAAAGGUUCAAGCUGAAGCAGCUGAUGUUGCCAAAUCCCAGUUCUUGGCUACUGUUUCACAUGAAAUAAGAACUCCUAUGAAUGGGAUCCUAGGAAUGCUUGCUCUGCUCCUAGAUACAAAUCUGAAUUCAACUCAAAGAGAUUAUGCUCAAACUGCUCAGGCUUGUGGAAAAUCACUGAUAACAUUGAUAAAUGAAGUGCUUGAUCGGGCCAAAAUUGAAGCUGGCAAGUUAGAACUUGAGGCAGUUCCAUUUGACCUUCGCUCGAUAAUAGAUGAUGUUCUAUCUUUAUUCUCUGAUGAGUCCAGGCGCAAAGGUGUUGAGUUGGCCGUCUUUGUUUCUGAUAAAGUGCCUGAAAUUGUUUUGGGGGAUCCUGGAAGAUUCAGACAAGUGAUAACAAAUCUGGUCGUAGCAUUUCUGGGUCACGUUGUAUCAGCAGAGGGAUUCAGGUGGACCCGAGAAGAUACAAGCAGUCAGAACUGGCCUCGACCAGCAUCAGCUACAGAGAUUCGGAGUUUCUUCGGG